AUGGUGGUUACAAUUGCAGACCAAACUCUACAGCUUGUGAGUAUGAAGAAAUCGGCGGGCGUAGGAAAUACAAAGGUUAGCAUUGACAUACCUAAUGAUCUGGCCUUUUCUAUUUUGUCAAAAAUGUCGAUUAAAUCUUUGAAGCGUUUUGAAUGUGUAUGCAAACCAUGGACCCUUUUGCUUAAAAACCCUAUUUUCACGAGAUUGUUUUAUGACAAUUUCUUAUAUAAUAACGAUUGUUAUUAUCAUAAUAGAUCUCUUUUUCUGCAUCAUCUUAUUGAUAUCAAUUCCGAGACCAAAUUUAUGUUGUAUUCUUAUUCUGGUGAGAGGUAUGAGAGUAUGACCAAAUUAAAUUGGCCAAAUCCAUUUCAAGAAGAGGAUCCUGAUUUUGAUAUUUUGGGAUCUGGUAUUAUUAAUGGAGUUCUUUGUCUAAUUAGUUGCUCUCAUCCAACUCUAAAAUUUGUAUUGUGGAACCCAACUACUCAAGAAUUGAAGGUUAUUCCUAACAGUCCUUUUGAUUUCGUUGGAGAUGAACUUGAUAUUACUGCACAUGGUUUUGGCUAUGAUUGUGUUGGAGAUGACUAUAAGGUGAUUCGAGAGAUUUCACUUGAUCUAGAAUAUCUAGAAAGUGACUAUGACAUUGAAAUUGUGUCAUUGGGAAAAAUAUCUCACAACCCUUUUUGGGAGAUAUAUAGCCUACGAAGUAACUCUUGGAAGAAACUUCAAUAUGAUAUACGCCAUGAAUAUUCAAGUAAAGGAGUGUGCUUGGAUGGAGUGUGUCAUUGGUGGUGUGAAAGCAACUAUAAUGAUGAUAAAGAUGAUGGAAUAUAUCUAUUGUCAUUUUACCUAAACGAUGAAGUAUUCCUUAUCACACCCAUAGAAGACCAUACUUUUGAAUUAGGGACUACAACAAGAGAGUUAUGUGUGUUAAAUGGGUUCAUUGCUUUAAUCUCAACAAAUAAACAAAUGGAAUCUCUUCACAUAUCGAUUUUGGGUGAACUUGGUGUAAAAGAAUCAUGGACUAAACUAUUUAUUGUUUGCCCCAUGCCUUACAUUAAAUAUUCGACAGGAGUAGGAAAAAAGGGCGAUAUAUUAUUGGUAAAAGAAGACGGAAAACUCCUCCGUUUUAAUUUAAGCACACAACAAAUUGAGGAACUCAAAUUUGCAGGAAGUCAAUUUUUGGGUAGGACAAUACUCUAUAAAGAAAGUCUUCUUCCAAUUUUGGAGUAG